AUGCGGCCUUGCGCGAGGUUGUCGAUACAUGAUUUGACUUUGCCGGGUACCCUUCUCCAGAUCGUCAACUUCAAUGUCGAGGGUCAACAAUAUGUCUGCGCUGGAGAGCUUGUUGCUCUGCAGACGAUGACCAACGUUCUCAACUACUUGAAGAUCCAGAAGAUCGACAUUGCCAAGCUCACAGAACAGUUCACCGUUGAGAAGGUCAAGGAGAUGUUGGGCGACAUCGUCGAGGAAUGCUUCGGUCGUGCACAAGACCAGCAAAAGGCUCAGGGCCACAUCAAACUUGAGCGUGGCUUCACUACAAUCCCGCUCCUCGGUAUUGAUAUGCCGUUACACUCACGCUACCUCUGGGUCGGAGUCCUACUCUUCCGAGCUUACCUCCUCCCGCGUCUCGACAAAGUUCUCAAGAAAUGGGGCCAAGAGAACUGGGCCAGCGCUGAGAAACACCAAAAGCUCGCUUGCAUUAUCCUGUUUGAGCUUUUUGCGUAUCAAUUUGCGUCCUCCGUCUGUGGGAUUCAGACUCAAGAUCGCUGGUCGAGGACGAGGCUAGGGCAGCUGCUGAGUCUGAAACUCCCGGCCGCUGCUGUUACUUCAGUUGCUGCUACUGCUGGUGCGCCUCGGGCGGUCGCUCUUGCGGCUCCUUCUGGGCCAGUCGCAACUAUCGACAAUUUCCCUGUCAAAGUCAUUCAUGUUUUUACUGCAAUCGUCGCGCAAAAGUUGAAGAAGAAAAUCAACGAGAUCUCUCUCUCCAAGUCCAUCAAGGACCUCGUCGGUUCCAAGUCCACUCUUCAGAAUGAGAUUUUCAGUGAUCUCCAACUCAAGUUUACCUCCGCUCCCGAGAAGGGCGAGGAACCUCUGCUUGAAGAUUUGGCAAGCGCUUUCUUAUGGCCACAGUGCACAUCGAGCUGUAUAUGCGCUACCUCAACCGGAACUCCCGGGCCGGGCGAAACUGCUCUCGUCAACGAGAAGGCCAACGGUCUUGCGCUACAGACCAAGCCCGACAACGUCGCCAAGGAGCACGGAGACGUCUAUAUCGAGGGUAUUCAACUCAUGUUUGACCCCAUCAAGGUUCGCCGAUUCGACUUGAAUUGGGCUCGUCAAGAUGCCCUUCUCAUGUUCUAUGACAUUAUCUUCGGUCGUUUGACGACUGUCGACUGUGAUAUUACUGCUCGUUGCAUCGCGUUGAUGAACCGUGCCGAUGCUGAAGUUUUGGCCUAUAUGCAGUACAACAUCGGCCAAAUGGACCCAACAAAGGGCGAGACGUACGCAUUGGCCAAGAAACCCGGUCAGCAACUGAUUGACAAUGUCCGGGAGGUCAUCGGAGAAGACCCGUUUUACAUGUACGAUUGCCUUGACCAAGCGCCACUGCUCGAGCCCCGUCGACUUGCCGUGUAUCUAUCCAAGCAGAAAGACUCGCGAUGGGACCCGUUUAUCGCUCUGUCCAAGAACGGCAGACUCUUCAAGAAUGCAAUGACCACAGCAGCGGUCUUUGGAUCGACCAAGAUUGCCGAGCAACCAAUGUCGACAUUGCAAUGCUUCACGCAGCCUGAAAAAGAAGUGAACGGUCGAAGAAGGAAGUGCAGAAGGAGCAAGAGGAUUAUGACCACAAAGCGGCUAAUUGGUGGGCUUGUUACUCUUCCCAGACGAAUGGGAUAA